AUGGACGGGCUCAUCUGCCCAUGGCUCGGGGCGGGCUGGCCGCUGGUCGCGCUGGAAUCGCACCAGAAUGGCGGCUAUUUGCCUGCCUCUUCCCACAUCAGCGUCACGGCCGCUCAGGCUGUUACGCGAGAAACUUGCUCAGAUGCCCACUGCGAUCUCCGCAAGGUGCGUUUCGCCAAGGCGAAAUAUGGGGAUCUGAGCGGCGAGGCUCCAGUUGGAUGGGCCCUGACAGGCUUCUGGCACACCUUCGAAGCACCAACCAGAGACCAAAAACAGUCAGUCGCGAGGAUGGAUAUGAGCAGCCACAGUAUGAGCAACAGCUCGGACUGCCAGGUUUCCAUGUUGUGGAACUGGUAUACGAUAGAUGCCUGCUUUCUCUCAGAGUCGUGGCACAUUACCAAUAAUGGCAUGUUUGCCGCAACCUGCAUUGGCGUGAUACUACUGGGCGUGAUCUUGGAGUUCCUGCGACGCGUCGGCAAGGAGUACGAUGCCCUGAUCCUGCGGCAGUUCCAACGCCAUGUCUCCGCGCAGGCUGCAUUAUCGAAGGCAUCGAAAAGUGCAGGCGCAUCGUGUUGCGCUCCAGCAGAAGUCGGAAGCACAGGGCCAAGGAUCGUCACAUUCCGCGCCACGCCGCUGCAACAGCUGGUCAGAUCUGUGAUACAUGCGAUCACAUUUGGACUCGCGUAUAUCAUCAUGUUGCUCGCCAUGUACUUCAAUGGCUAUAUCAUCAUUUGCAUCAUUAUUGGAGCAGGCAUUGGGAAGUUCGUCUGUGAUUGGAUGGUGCACAAGGUCGUCAUUGAUGAUGAGGACUCUCAGGAGGUACCUAAGGGCGUCGAAGAGCCGACAGUGUGUUGCGGUUAG